AUGCCGCUCAUCGUCCCCCUCCUGCGAUUGUCGAUGCUCUUCCUCAAUGUAUAUGACACCUUCAAGACUCUGAAGCCACCCGCGCUGUCGGCUCGCACGGGUCGAGUCAGCGUACGGGCGGCGUCCCAACGAAAACGGGAUAUGAAGGGCGUGCUUGCCAUCUGGAUCGUUUGGGCGUGCUUUGCUACGUACGAAAGGACGGUCGAUGGCAUGAUCCGAUUCUUUAUCCCGUUUUACGACGAAAUCAAGUCGUUGCUUAUACUAUUCCUGAUAGUCUCGCGCUCAAGGGGUGCCGAGCCUAUCUAUCUGCACGUUAUACGGCCGCUGGUCAAACCCUACGUUGUUACUCUGGAUGCCCUCCUGGACGUCGUGCACGGAGUGGGCGAUCUGCUCCUGUUAGCUGGCCGCAUACCCAUUCAAGUCGUCUCUUCCUGGUGGCAUGAGCGG